AAUGUUUUGACAGUUUUGAUUUUUUGCAACUUAUUUUCAUAUAAUCAAUUUUUUUCGAAAAUUUCCACAUAUUUCCCGUUUUUCCAUAUAAUUUGCGUAAUGAAUAUACCUAUAAGAAAUUUAAAAAUAAUACGUGGUAUUUAUAAAACUAAUUUAACGCUGCAACAGUGUGCUGUAAAGGGGCUAAAAAGUUUAAGUUGCCAACAGCAGGACAAAAUAAACAAUUGGCAGGUGAACAAUAAAAACAACAAUACGUACUAUAAAACGUCUGCGACUGCCGCCACAAACAUCUUAGGAAAAUUAUGGAAUUUAGAAAAACAUUCACAAAUUAGAGGAUAUGCUAAUUUCUCUCCUAAACCCGCUGAGAGAGAAGAUAACUUAAAGAAGAAGGCGGGUAAUGAAAAGGAUGAAGAUGAGGAUAAUAAGCAAAUGCCUGAUCAUGGUCAUGGUCGUACGUUACCACGUCUAAUGAAUUUCCCGGAAAUUAUGUGGCCGUCAAUGUUGAAUUCAAUUAAAAACUGGAUAAAGGUUCAAUUUAUAAUACGUCCCUAUAUAGAUCGUGAAUUUAAUAUUCGAGAUUUUUGUCAAGGAGCUAAAAAAGCUAUGCAGGUAGUUUCAAGCAAACUGAUGAAUGGCGAUUUUACAACACUUAAUGAUCUAGUCAGCUCAGAAGCUCUGUCGGAGCUUAAGCCAGUCGUACAAAAGUUGUCGGUUUCCCAGAGACGUCAGUUGGAGGUUAAGGAGUCUGAUAUAUACCUUACAUUUCCCUAUCAAAUAGGUAUAAUAUUUGAUGAGACAAACGAGAAGGUACAAAAGAGAUGGGUGGAAGUAACAAUGGUCUUUCAUGUACUUAGAGGUCUUCAAGAAAUGCGUGAAUCGGGAGAAGAAAUUCCUUGGAAUAUGGGCACCCUGCCAGAAUACCAAGAUAAAGUCUUCGUAUGCAAUUAUCGCUUCAUCAAAGAGUUCACCACUGGCCAGGAGUCAGAUUGGACCAUCAAUGUUGUCAAUCACUUUAAGCCUAUUGAUUUGAUCAACGAGUUGAAAAGGGAAGAAUAAAAGUGACAGAUAAUUCAUAUUCUUCUCCAAGUGGAUUUGUUUUACAAUACGAAUAAAGAAAAAUUGUUUUUUUGUAACUAAGUUUUUAAACAUUUUAAAAAAGGAAUAAAAUUUCAACAAAAUAUA